AUGAGUUUAGAAGAUUCUUUUACAAAUAUGAAUAUUUAUGAUGCCAAAAAAUACUUCCGUAGGGCUCAGAAUGUUGUGUUUAAUUAUACGGAAAUGGAGGCCAAGGUUCGUGAAGCAACCAAUAAUGAGCCGUGGGGAGCUUCCUCGUCAUUAAUGGAACAAAUCUCUCAAGGGACGUACAAUUUGAGAGAGCGUGAAGAGAUCUUGGGAAUGAUAUUUAGACGUUUCACGGAGAAAGGUGCGAGUGAGUGGAGACAAAUUUACAAGGCUCUACAAUUGCUGGAGUAUUUGAUUAGACACGGCUCUGAGAGGUUCAUCGAUGAUACCAGAAGUAGUAUCAACCUGAUCAAAAUGUUGGAGUCGUUUCACUACGUCGACUCUCAGAGCAGAGAUCAAGGUGUUAAUGUCAGAAGUAGAGCAAAAGCUUUAUCUGACCUGUUGAGCGAUGAUGAGACCAUCAGGAUGGAAAGAAAGAAAGCUAGAGAGACAGCAAAAAAAUUUAAAGGAGUUGCUGGGGGUCUUGGUUCUGUGACAAGCUCCAAAAAAGGAAGAGGAUCAUAUAAAUCUAAAGGUAUCAGUAUCAGCGCAGACACUGAUGAUGAAGACGAAGAAGAUAGAAAUAGUCAGAUACAUCAGUCAAGUUUCAAGGAUGAGUCUCCCGCACCGGCGGAAACGGAAAAUAUCGACCUUUUCGGUUUCAAUAAGGUUGAGGAUAUGGAAAGGGUUAACGCGCCGCAGGAAAGUGUCAAUGACAGUGAAAGCGACGACGACGAUGAUUUUGCUGAUUUCCAAAGCGCUGCACCAGCUGUACAACAAACAAGUAAUGCGGGCACAUUCUCCAAGCACCACGUGAAUAAUCUAAUGAUGAACGAUUCUUCAUUAUCAGGCCUUACCUCUUCAUCUGCAUUUAAUAUAGGGCCGGCGAUUUCAGAGCCGAAGAAGGCCGAUCCCUUUAGCAAUCUAUUCACAAGCGCGAAAAGCCUUCAAGAACCUGUUAAACCAGUCUCAAAAGCGUCUACCUCAGUGCAAGAAAGCACACCUGCUGAAACUCAUGAUUAUGACGAUGAUAAUGACGAUGAUGACGGAUUCGGCGAAAUGAUGGAAGCAGGUGCUCCACAAGAACAUGAACAGCAGUCAAAAAAUCCCCAAUCAUCAUCAAAUGAAAUUGAUCUUCUCAGCUUCUAA